GUUGACAUUACUAACGCUCAACAACUAUGAUCUCUGAAUCCGAAUCUGAUUCCAUAGUAUCGCCGUAUUCGUGUGUACAAUGCCGCGUGUCCAAGAAGAAAUGUGAUCGCAUUGAGCCCGCGUGUACGGGAUGCGCAAGAAAGAAUCUCCAGUGCUCUUAUCCUCGGCGUCGAAAGCAACGGAGGCCAAAUGAAACGACAAUUGCAACAUAUGCAACACCGUCCAACAAUGGAUUGGAUCCGGAGUCAAGGAUGGCCGUGCAAGUUCUGCAUCCAGUCUUACAGCCCACAGUCACCACCGCGGCUGAUCAGUUGCUAGCAGAGCGCUUCAUGGAUCCUGGGCUUUUCAAUUUUGUGCAAUUGAAGCUCCCCAAGCUGGAUUUAAAGCAUCUUAUUAGCGAACAAGUGCGGGCGCUUGUCGGGGGUGUGACCGGCAUCCAGGCCAUAUCCACGUCCUUUUUCCAAACAGUCCACUCGUGGAUGCCAAUUGUCUGCAAACACGACUUUGCACGCUUUUUAAUCAAACGAAUAACAGAAAAAGAAGCAGAAUUAUUCCUCCUAGUACUAUCUAUGAAGUUGUCUGGAUCCGUUGUAUCGGACGCCAGGACGGAGUUCUACAGAACGCUGAAGCAAUACAGUGCUCGCGUUGAACAGUCAGGCGUCAUGUCUGUCAUGGUGCUUCAAGCAACAGUCCUGAUUGCAUUAUAUGAAAUGGGACAUGCCAUUUACCCAGACGCAUAUUUUUCGGUUUCGCAGUGUGCAAGGUACGGUGCCGCGCUUGGUAUUGACAAGACGAUAGCAUCUCGAGGCACAGAUGUCGGAAAAUGGCAUAAUCUCGAAGAGGCUCGGCGCGUUUGGUGGGCUGUUAUUGUUCUGGACAGAUUUAUGAAUCUGAGUGAUCCAUCACGACAGCUCGUUACGACCGAUCCAGACUCCACCAGCUUUCUGCCUAUUGACGAUGCAGAGUGGGAUUCAGGAAACCAUGACCCAGAAACUGUCUUUACGCUUGGAUCUGCCAUCAGUAUGCAGCUUGGUCGAUUCGCACGCUUCGCUCAAGCAGCCCAUCUUCUUAGCCAGGUCUUGCAGCAGGCUGCAGACAAUUCAAGCGACACGCGACAAAUCAAGAAAACAAUUUUCUCUCUGGUUACCAUUUGCCGAAUAGAGUCCGAAAUGCGACAAUUAGAGCUUUGCACGCAAAUGGCACUCUGCUACAGCGGCAUUCUUGUUCUUGAUGACCCAACAUUUACACUUUAUGAGACUGAUCAGGUUUGUAAUGAGGGCCUCUCAAGCGAGGCUACGUUGAUACUACAAAGCGCCUUGAAGAUGACACUGGCGUUCGCCGACAACGUGUUUACAAAAUCGUGUUGUCUCAUCUCGCCCUUUUUGCCGUUUCUCAUAUACCGGGUGGCUUUAAUGUGUCUUAAAUCAAAUGUCAAUGAUCAAAUGGCAUCGCCUAGAGAUCGACCAAACGGCGAGAAAAUGAAGCUAGCACUACAAUAUCUACGCCAUCGUUGGCUGGCUGCUGAUAUAUAUUUGUCGCUAGUCAAUCGUUUUGAGACGCUACAGAUCAUUCAAACCUAGUACUUUAUUUAAUGCAUACAUGUAUCUCUAAUUCGUUGUCUUAUAAGUCUGUCUCCCCUUGUAUAAUGUCGGAGGCGCGGGGAAUUGCACAAACGUUUGUUCUGUACUCAGCCACCGAUCCUGUGAUUAUUGCGUCUUUGUCUCUAUU